AUGUGGUUGAUCCGGCUGGUGGACGGCGGCAACCUGGCCAUCCAGGACGCGCGCCAGACGGACGACGGCCGCUACCAGUGCGUGGCGCGCAACAUCGUCGGCACGCGCGAGUCCAGCAUCGCGCUGCUUAAGGUGCACGUGAAGCCGUACCUGAUCCGCGGGCCGUCGGACGCCGUGGCGCUGGCCGGGGGCAGCGUGGAGUUCCAGUGCCGCGUGGGCGGCGACCCGCCCCCGGACGUGCUGUGGCGGCGCACGGCCGGCGGCGGGGGCAUGCCGCUGGGGCGCGUGCACAUCCUGGACGACCGCAGCCUGCGCCUGGAGAACGUGGAGCCGGAGGACGAGGGCGAGUACAGCUGCGAGGCCGACAACGACGUCGGCACCGUCACCGCCUCUGCCACGCUCACCGUGCACUCGCCUCCGUCGAUGACGGUGCGUCCCGUGGACGUGAGCGUGGAGGUGCAGCGCGACGCCGUGUUCGAGUGCGCCAUGGUGGGCAACCCGCGGCCGUCCAUCUUCUGGUCCGUGGAGGGCAACCGCUCGCUGCUCUUCCCCGGCGCGCGCAUCGACCGCUUCGCCGCCUCUGCCACGCCCGAGGGCCGCGCCGUGCUCACGCUCCAGGCGGUGACGCGCAACGACUCCGGCACCGUGGUGGUGUGCACGGCGGUGAACGCGGCCGGGUCGGCGGUGUGGCGCGCGCGCCUCACCGUCACCUCGCCCGAGGACCGCCCGCCGCCCGUCAUCACCCUGGGCCCGGCCAACCAGACGCUGCCCGUCAAGUCCAUGGCCGUGCUGCCGUGCCGCGCCACCGGCGUGCCCACGCCCGUCAUCACCUGGUACAAGGACGGCGCCGCGGUGCUGGCCAGCCCGCGCGUCAACGUCUCCGACUCCGGCCUGCUGCAGAUCAACGACCUGGAGAAGCGCGACGGCGGGCUGUACACGUGCGUGGCUUCGUCGCGCAGCGGCAAGGCCACGUGGACGGCGGCGCUGCGCCUGGAGCAGCCCACCAACCCAAACAUCCACUUCUUCCGCGCACCCGAGCCCUCCACCUUCCCGGGCGCGCCCAGUCGCCCGCAGGUCGUCAACAAGACCGAUUCCUCCGUCACCAUCUCGUGGACGCGCAACAACAAGAUCGGCUCCUCCUCGCUGCUCGGAUACCAGGUGGAGUUGUUUGGUCGAGAGCAGAAUGCAGCCGGAGGCAGUGCCUCCUCCGCAUCAAACGGACGUGGUGCUCACAUCUAUCCAUUGGGGUCAGGCGGUGGCUGGGUAGUGACUGCGCGUCGGGUACAAGGGCCUACAUACACUCAGCACCACCUCAUGCCUGGUGUCAGCUACACUUUCAUGGUGAGGGCUGAGAAUUCUCAUGGCCUAUCACCACCCAGCCCACUGUCUGAGCCAGUGUCAGUGGCACCUACUGGGUCUGCAUGGCCUGGUCAUGGAGAGGAGCAGUUUCUGCUGAAUGAGGCCAGAGCUAGUCUCCUUGCUGGUCAUGUUGUGGAAUUGACAGAUGCCCAACCUAUUAGUUCCACUGCUGUCAAGCUUAUACUGAACUCAGAAUAUGUGGAAGGUUUCUACAUAUAUUCACGACCUCUGGAUGGAAGUAGAACUCCUGAUUCUGUCAAUAUUUUGACUGUUCUCCAUGCUGGCGGAGCAUCUGGGUUUCAAGUGAAAGGCCUAGCCAAGUAUACCAGAUAUGAAUUUUUUCUAAUACCAUUUUUUAAAACUGUGGAUGGGCGACCUUCCAAUUCAAGGACUGUUCGAACUAAUGAAGAUGCCCCAUCUGAGCCACCUAUGCACAUGGAAGCUUUACUUUUAAAUGCCAGUUCUGUAUUUUUGAAGUGGAAACCACCUCCUCCUAAUACCCAUAAUGGGAUAUUGAGAAGUUAUCAGGUAAUUGUACGAGGAAACAGUGUAACCAAUAGUAACAGUGUAAAUGGCCCAGAAGCGAAAGGAAACACAUCACGAAUUCUAACUAAUAUAACUGUGGGUGCAUCAACUCCUUCGUUAUUGCUGACUAACCUAACUACAGGAGUAACAUACAUUGUGCAGGCACUGGCCUCAACUAGAGCAGGCCUAGGACCUCCAAGUGCACCUUUCACUUUGCGUCUGGAUCAUGCAUCUCGACUUUUGUUUAAAGAUCAGCACCAUAGGCAACCUGUGGGUCAUGAUCCUAGCUUAAAUCCUGGAAUGAGUGGCAGUGAUUUUUUGACAGAAACAUGGUUCAUUGCUUUGCUCGGAAGUAUGGUAGCAGUAAUGGUUCUUUUAUUUGCUGCAAUGUUACUUGUUCGAAGACGACAAUUACUCAGUAAAAAGACAACACUUCCAAACCUGCAUGAUUCUCGUUCCAAUGGAGGAGUAUUGGCUACGCCACUCAGUCUAAAAGCAGCAGUGGGCUUGCCCCACCCAUUGGCAAACGCCUCACAUGUAUCUCUACCCCAUGACUCAUCUUUGUGGAUAGAGAAUAGACCUGGACCACCAACAAGUUGGCGUCAUUCUGAAACAAGUGACAAAGAAACAUGCAGCAUGUCAGAAUCUCGCUUACUCAACAAUGGAAGUGUUGUGACAACCACACUGAAUGAUUAUGCUGAAACAGGAAUGUUAAAAUCAGCUGCAAGUCCAAACAGUGAAACUACACCAGCUUAUGCUGAAGUAGAUGCUACUCAUGCAGCCUUAACCACAUUUCGUGGUUGUGAUGAACGUUGCAGUGGUGGGCAGAUCAGCAGUGAUGGAUCAGGUUCUCCUGCUCCUUAUGCCACCACCACCCUUAUAGGGAGUUCAAGACAGCACAUGAAUAACUUGGGUUGGGUGCAAAUAUGUCCACCAGUAAAUGAUUCAGAUGAUCCUUCCUACCCGAAUCCAGCAUGCUAUUUUGGUCGUAAUGUGUAUUCAGACACGUAUUUCUUCAGUGGUCAUUGCAAUAAUGGACUGAAUGGUAAUCCUGGAAAUAUGAUUGGGCCAUCAGGAUCACACAAUAGCUGUCCUGGGACUGGAGGCCCCACUCGCAAAGCUUUCUCUGAUGUAAAUCACGAGUCCCUUGCAGGAAUGCCUCCACCAAUGAAUCCUCCCAUUCCUCCUGCAGCUUCAGCUUCUGUGCCUCAUACACCUUCCAACACUCUGAGGAGAGGACACCGCAAUUUACAAUUUAUACGACCACAGAUUCAGCGUCAAGGUGGAGGAGUUAAUGGAGAAAAUUCACAUAUGUCAUCAACAAAUCCACAGCCCCCUGCUUUCUCAAACAACAGCUGCCCUAGUUCUCGAGAUUGUCAGCGAUUUUCUGACCCUCCACCUGAUGUAGUAACAUCUCCACAGCAACCGCCUCCCCCAAUCAACUGUAGAGUAUCUCCCCAGGGGCCACAAUCAUGGAAGGGUCAGAAUGGAUCCAGUGGCGUGAAACCAAUGCUUUUAUUGACCUCUAUCCCUGUUGGGAGUGAUGCAUCUCAGACAUCCCCAUCAGCACAAGACUUAAACCACUCCACAAAUUCAUAUAAUGCUCAUAGUCUGUCCAGUUUUGUGGUGCCUUACCCCACUUACUCACCAGCGGCCAGGCAUGGGCAAUAUCAACCAGUGUAUCAUCAGUCAUCUCGCAGUGAACCUGGGAGUAGCCUAGGCAAUACCGGCAACUGAAGGGAAAAUUAAGCUACAGUGGCCUAUUUAUAUCCAUGGAACUCUGAAAAUUGUUCUUCAGUUUUCACAAGAAGAAUGCUGAUGAUCUGACUGAGAUGAACAUUUAGUCAGGCUAUAUACUAAUGGUUACCCUCUUUUAUUUUCAAAAAAUGUGUAGUCAUUUUUAAAAAGGUUUAUAACUUGGUUUUUAACUUGGUUAAAAACUGAAGCGCAUAAAAUUGGAAAUGAAUGAUAUGUCUUCUUUAAUGCAUUAUUUUCAACUGGUAAAAUAGUACAUGUAUUACAUUAUGUAUCCCCAACAAGUCACAGUCAGAUGGGUUCAUUUUGAAAUACAUUCCAAAGAAAAUCAUUUUUAUAAUAAUUGUUUAGUAUUGUUUAAUGUUCUGAAUGAACCCUGGCUAAAUAUUUCUCUUAAUAAGAAAAUAACAGUACAUGCAAAUUUUGUCUAUGCACAAUAUCAGAGCAGAAAUACGUCCAAAUAGUAUCCAUUGUACUAGUGUACUGACAGGAUGAACAAAGUGAGGGAAGAACUAGAUGAGUACGUUGUCUUCAAUUAUAUCCAUGGUUGUGGUUCAUUUUUGUUCAUUGUAAUGACUCCAAAUUAUAUUCAUGAAAAUAUGAUUAUAAUAAGUUUAAUAAGCUUGCGUUAGACACAAUAUGAGCGUGAAAUUUUGUGUCAUGACACUAAGAAAAAAUUGGUAUGAAUACAAAGCAAAUGUAUUUUCAGAUUAUUUCAAGAAAGGAAAUAUUUCAUUAUUAUGAAAAAUAUUUGUUAUAGAAGUAAACGGCAAGGCAAACAAAAUAUUAUACAACAUAAAAUGUGAUCAGCAUGAUCUUUUAAAUACUGCAAAACAUACCUCUAUGUUGUGUUUCUUUAGAUGUUGAAAUUUGUUUUGAUGACAAUUCCCCUUCCCCUUUAUCUCAGCUGUUUGUACUGUUUGUCCCCACGAAAUUUAACCUUAAUACAUAUGGUGGCAAUUUUUGAUGAAUAAAGCAGACAAAUAAUGAAAAUGGAAGUGUAAUAACAUUAGAGCUUCUUCUUCCUCUACUGUAAUUCCCAAUUGAAAAUAAAUGUCAUUUCAAUAGAAUGUUGUUUAACAUUAAACAUAUUAUCAGUUAACUGAAAUAACUCUUCAACAUUUCAGUUGCUUGUUCCAGGAUGUUGAUAUUCAAAAGAUGUUCAAUGUUUCUGUAUUGGAAUUCAUUGGUGUUUAUUACAUGUGAAGGUAUAUUAAAUCUGGAGUAAGUGUUGUUAACAUCAUCUAUCUUGCAUUUGUUGGCAUGUCUCUCUUCCAUACAAAUAUUUCAAAGUCUUUAAACAUUUAUUCUUUCAUUAAAAUCAUCACUUAUUUUCUUCCCUUUGGUGUUCAACAUGUCUAUGCAUUGUAUCUCUCAGACUGUCAUUGGAAAUGUCACAAUUAGUGGCUUUUAUUUAAGUGAGUGAAAUGCAUGCAGUAUUUCAGAGAUGGGGAAAAAGAAAAGAACUAAUUGUAGAGCUACAUAUCAGUGUGAAAAAUUGUAAAUAAAAUGCAUAUACUACAACUUUCUCUCUACAUAGUCCAUGGAAUAUGCUGUUUGUCAUAGAAAAUGACACAUUUGUUACUGAAUCUUAGUGCCACAUAAACAUAAUAAAGAUUGUAAUAAUUGUUCUGCUGAAGAUGUCUAUAGUUAUCAACUUCAAUACUAUGAUUUAUGUAUGUACAUAUCAUGACAUAUAUGUGAAUAAUGUGAACGAAUGAGUGUAGGUUAGUUGUAAAAUGGCAGUCAACUUAUAGUUACCCCUCUAAACUCAACAGUGGUUGAUUCUUGCAACUAACUAGCUGCAGAAAGAUGGUAAAGAAUAUUGAGAAGCAUGUCAUAAAGAAAAUGUCAUUACUUUGUUAGUUUUCUUUGAUAAUAUAAACAUGAUUUUAAAAAACUAAAGUUCUCCAGUUAUUUUGAUGAGAAAAAAAUAUUUAUUGUUUCUAAGAAAAUUUAGUCCUUAAAUGAUUUCACUUCCAUUUGUUUAUUACUACUAACAAUUCUGGUCAUUUCUCAGUUUAGUCAGUUGCAGAAUGGUAUUGAUGUGCUAAAUGCCACCAUCAGUUGUUCAUGAUGACCAAAUGAUGAUAAAUUUCAUCUCCAUAGAAAGCCACAGAAUGUAAAUAGAUUUCCUGCAAAACUGUACCCUUAGUAUGUUAUAGUACUGCCUUGACACAAUGUUGUCAAGUACAUGUUGUUUUCCUGUUCAGAGUGCAGGAUGUCUGGCAAGUUUUCUAUAUAUUACUCAACUUCUGAGUAUUCUUUGAUACAACCUGAAAUACGCAAUUUCAACCACGUUAUUAUUUAACUACAAUGAAACCUACCCCUGUGACUUUGUCUAAGUUUAUAAUUUGUAAAAACAUUACAUUGCAAAUAAAUCAUUUAUAUAUUUCAUGAAUAUCAGGCAAAAAUGAGAAAAACAGGUAUUUCUUGAAUUCCCAAGAAAAUCCCUCCCUGCAUUUUGUUAAAAAACACAUUGUCUCAUUUAGAAUUAAGAAAGAUGACUAGUCAUUAUAUAUUUUCAAUUUGUCUUCCUUGACUGCAAUUUAUAUUUUGAAAGUGAUGGCAAAACUACCUUAAUGCGUAUUGUCAUCAAACAGAGUAAUACAUUGAAAGUGUUUAUAUUUUUAUAAAACAAUGUUUUCUGUAAAUUUGUUGUAUGUGUUGUAGUGAAAAACUAAUAAAGGUUAAUUAAGCCGCGUACCAUUUACUUUGCUUAUGUAAUCUAAGUAAAGAUACAGUUAUCAUUCUUGCUUAGAAGUUCUUUAUUUUCUUUAUAAAAAUUUCAUAUAAUAUUUAUAUUAAAUUGAGAUUGCUUUUUGAGGUAUUAGAUGUUCAUUUUCAAAACCAAACUUACAGACCUUUUGCCGAUCUUUCUUCAUUGUAAUAGUUAAAUAUCAGAGUCAUUAUUAUCUGUUUUAGUAGGUCUAUAAGUGCACAAUUUCAUGGGCAAAAAUUUGAAUUAAAAAAAGAAAGAAAGAGGUGUCUUAAGAGAAGAAAUAAAAGAACCCAAAAAUUUAUUAGGAUCAAAAAACAAAAAAAAAAUAAGAAUUUGUAAAGUUGAGCACUCAUAAUUCAUAAAAAAAAAAAAAAAAAAAAAAAAAAAAAAAAAAAAAAAAUAGGUUUUAGACUUCAACCUAAACCAGAAUGUUU